GCUGUUUGUGAGAUGCCUGACUUUUAUGACAGCUGCAUACAUCGUCAGCUUAUUUCGUCAUUUUAUCGCUCUUUGAAGAGUUUUCGGUAAUUCCACUUCCGCACUUUUUUUUGUAACGUUCUCUAGCGUGGCAUCUGAAUGGUACCAAAUCUCGUUGGUAGGAUGAUGCUCUUUUGACCGAACACCAUCUGCAGUGGGGGUUCUUGCAUAAUGUAGGCACGUGCGGAAUUCUGUUCUUGGUGAUCAGAGAGUUCUAGCUUCUUCACCAGCUUCUUGGGAUAUAUCCUGUCAGCGUUACCAGUGCGUAUCAGUUUUGCAUAUUUUAUAAGUUUUUCCAUCAACGAUAUCUGGAUUGAAGCCAUAUUUUCUUGAAUUUCUUCUCGGAUAAUGGACGGGAUUGGACAUCAUAACAGCAACGGGAAGCCCAACAACCACCACAUGUCGUCCAACCAUCCCGGCCAGCAGACGGCGCGGAGUAUCUUCGUGGAGCGCGACUACACGCAGGGCAUACAGGUGCGAUUUCUGGAUAAAUUCCCGCCGGAGCUGGAAGGGAAGCUGGAGCCCGGGACGUUCCAGGCCAUCAUCCAGCGUCUGAACGAGAUCUACGAGGACGCGGAGACGCCCAGCUGCGCGACGGCCUGGGAGAACUGUAUCGGCUGCUGCACCUGCUAUCUGGCCUUCCUCUUCAUGGAGAGCCGAUAUAAUCACUACCUGAAGAAAGCCCGCUCGUACAUUGCCGAGCAGAAUCGCACAUUGUCGGCUCGUGGUGUCACGUUUGUUGAUCCGUACGAAAGAGGGAUGCGUCUGAUUGAAAUCCGCAUCAAAUGAAGUUCCGUGCAGUUUCUGCCUAACUUUUUAUGAUCUUGGAUAUUGGUUUCCGGUUGGCUGCUAACACAGUACACACUAGAGUUUAUUAUUGUGCUGUUGUGUAUUAUGAUUUAUGAUACAGAUACAUUUUGUGUUUAACACUUGGAUUGUUUUUCAUUUGUUUUUAAUCGUGCUGUUUGUUGCUUUUCUACAAUUUUCUUGCGCAUGUGUUUCUUUUAUGGCCAUUUGUAAUGUUCCCCACCCUCGAAAUGUGGUUCGUAGAUGAAUGAUGUUCCACUGUAAUCCCUGCUGUUUUGUGCAAACGAUGAAAAAUUUCUACCGCAACGUUA